AUGGUUAAACUCGAAUUCUUCGCUGUGGAUCAUUGGCUUGCCGAGCGAUCAAAGUCUGCCCAUCACAACCUAGCUCAUACCUCAGCGCACCCAGUAUCUAUCUCAGAGCUUGAAUCAAUUGCUAGUAGAGAGAACCACGACGACUUCCUCCCUUCUCUUCUAUCUCAGCCUCUCGACUACCCUGCAGAUUUUGCCGGCCUGCCCUCCCUGCGGAAGAAGAUCGCGAAACUGUAUUCAGAUGACUUGCCAUUUGUAAAUGUAUUGACGACCGCCAGCGGAUCCCUUGCCAAUUUCAUUGUUUUCUAUGCUUUGAUUGGCCCCGGGGAUCAUGUCAUCGUCACUUCUCCUGGUUAUCCCCAGCUGCAAGCUGUCCCGGGCUCGUUAGGUGCAGAAGUGAGCUAUUGGAAGGCCAAGGCCAAUGACAAGUGGAGCUUCGACCCCAAGGAGCUAGAAGGACUUGUUAAGGCGAACACCAAAAUGAUCGUGAUCAAGUGA